AUGGCGAUGAAAAGAAAAAAAAUGGAAAAGAUGGGCAGGCAAGAGCGAAGACGGAAUGCGAGGGCACAAAACGAUAAAAAAGAUGACAAAGUAGAAAAAUCUUCGAAAAGAGAAAGAAAGCCGAAAAAAGAGAUCAGCAAUACGGAAGAGCAGGGCAUAAAGAUAAACAAAAAGGAACAAAAAAAGCUUGAGAAGGAAAUGGUUGAACUCAGCUCGAUAGAAACGGUAUUGGAACAGGAGAAAAGCAGAUGUACAGAUGGAGGAGAAAACAGAGCAGAGCAUAUUACUGAGAGUGUGAUAGAUACACAUGAUAAUCAUAUUGCUGGUCAUACCUCAUGUACGCAGGGUGACAUGGACAGGAAAGAUAUAAAAGCAAAAAAUAAAGCAGACGAACAGUGUAUAUCAGAAAGAAAGAACAGUUAUAACCUAAGAAUGAACGAUAUAACGCUUUUCAACUUCAAAUCGUACGAGGGCAGACAUAAAAUAAACAACAUUUCAAGCUUUACAACCGUUGUUGGAUCGAAUGGUUCAGGCAAGAGUAACAUAAUCGAUGCCGUGUUGUUUCUCUUCGGAUAUAGCGCAAAGAAAAUGAGACAUAAGAUAAACGCAGGCUUGAUCAACAAGGGUAAGGAUAGCUGCUAUGUGGAGAUAAAAUUUGCAGCUGAUGACGGUCAAUUUUCGGUGAAAAGGGAGCUUAUAAAGGGCAGAUCGCUGUAUUAUGUAAACGAUAAUGAGGUAAGCGUUGCAGAGGUGCGUGAUAAAAUGAAACACUACAACGUUGACUUGGAUCAUAAUCGUUUUCUCAUAUUACAGGGUGAGAUAGAGGCUAUAGCAAUGAUGAAGCCUAAAGAUGAAAAAAACGUGGGCAUACUGGAGUAUUUGGAGGACAUAAUCGGUACAAAUACGUAUUAUGAGGAGAUUGUGAGUUUGGAGCAGCAGCUGUCAGGUCUGAAAGAGAAAGAAGACGUGAUGAAGAGUUCUUUUAAAUUUCAGGAAAAGGAGUUUAACUUCGUGAAGACAAAAAAUGAAGCGAACGAACAGCUUUUGAACCAGAGGGCUGAGUGGUUGAGAGAAAAGAUAAAAUUGAACUAUUUGGAGGAAUUAAAAGAUGGACGAAACAGAGAAAAGCUCGUGCGAGAAAAUGAGUUGCUAGAGAAAGAACUGGGUAAAGUGAAAAAUAAAGAUGAUGUGGAGCAAAUAAAGAAUCUUGAAGGUGAAUUGGUGAAACAUAAGAAUGCUCUGUCACGAAAGGAAAGAGACUUCCUUCUUUGCAAACAAGAGGUUAGCAGGAUCAACAGGGAAAUUUCACGGAGAGAGACAGAUUAUGAGAUGCUGGUUAAAACAGAAAAAACAGCUAUGCAAGAGCAUGAAGACACUUUAAGGAACCAGAAAAUGAACAAAAUUGAAAUUAAAACGAUACAGGGCGAAAAGAACGAAAAUUUGAAGGAAAUUGGAGUUUUUGAAGAGAGAUUACGAGCGAAAGAGGAUGAACUCUACCAAUUGCGACAAAAUUGCCAGUACAAUGAUAAAAUUGAAGAUCUUAAAGCUCUUAUUGCGUGUCAUGAGAAGGAUAUUCUCCAUCUGAACGAGAAAAAGAGCGGUAUAAGACUUAAUCAAGUGAAGCGAGACGAAACAAUAGUGAGGGACAAGAUCAUGGAAUGUGAGAAGAACUUAAAUAUUUUGAGGGGCCUGGACAGAAACAUUUGCACUGAUGUAAGAGUGCUCAAGAGUGACCUUUCUGUGACCGAGCAGGAUUUGGAGAAAAAGAAAGAACUAUUGAGGGAAGCAAAACAGCAGAGGACAACGAAGAAGACGGAAUCAGAGUUAAUAGCAAAAAUAAAGAGUGUGGAUGGAUUUGUCGGCCGGCUAGGUGAUUUGGGACGGGUUGAUUCUAAAUAUGAUAUCGCGAUAACAGCAGCAUCCAAGGGAAAACUCAACAACAUUGUUGUAAACAGCGUUGAAACGGCAGAAAAGUGUAUAAAAAUAAUUAACGCUUGUGGUUUGAAGCGCACAUCAUUCCUUGUCAUGGACAAACUGAUGGAUGACCAGUUUAAGAAGGAGAAAGACUUUGUUUACUGCAUUGAUUUGAUUGAUUGCAAGGAUAAAUACAGGAAAGCAUUUUCGUUUGUGCUGAAAGAUACGAUUCUAUGCAACAAUCUUGAUGAAGCGACAAAUGUUGCAUUCAAUCGCAAGGUGCGACACCGAACAGUGAGUUUGCAGGGUGAUUUGGUGGAGAAGAGCGGGAUUAUGUCGAAGAUGAAAGUUUUUGGUUCAAUGAACACACAAAUUAAUACGGAAAAGCUCGAAAAGAAGCUACUCAGGAUUGAGGCCGCGAAAUCGAAUAUGCUAAGCCUUCUUAAAGAAAAGGAAGAGCAAAUAAGCGCAGUGAGAAAUAUUCUGUACGGGCAGAGUAGUGUGGAUGAGUGUAUUAAAGAUUUGGAGCAAGAAAUGAAACGGAUGAUUGAUUCUUACUGCAAAUCAACGGGAAAGAGCAAGGCAGAUGAUCUAAACGUGCUUUUCAAAGAAGAUAAUGUCGAAAUGGAUAUAUUGGUGGGAAAGGUGUCAGAGUUGAAGAAUGAGAUAAAAUGCCUGCGCAAGGAAAUUGAGAAUCUCGAGGGAAACGAAAUUAAGGGUCGGACAUGUGAUAAGCAGCUGCUUAUUGACCAGAUAAACCUAUUCGUAAAGAGAAAUCAGGAUUUAGAGGAGAAAUUGAACCGGAUACUUAUCACAGACACGCAGAAAAAGCUCGAAAACAUUGAUAACACCCUGAAGGAUGCAAGAAAGAAGAUGAAAGAGCUUGAAAGCAUGGAUGAUAUCAGGAAAGAGUACGAUUCCAAGACAAAGCUAUGUAUGGAGCUUGAAACAGUGUAUGAAAAUGAACAGGAUGAGAUAAAGAGGUUGUGCGAGCAAAUUAAUGAUCUUAAGAACGUUACAGAGGAAUUAAUGCAGAAGGAGCUUGAGAUAAGGAACAAGAUGGAAAGGAAUUUUGAAAAAAUGAAGAAGAAGUCGGUGAGAAACGAUUAUAUGGACGAACUUAAAAUGUUCAAACGAUUGGGGUACGAAUUCGAUGCCGUUGUGAACAAGGAGAACGUAGAUAAUACCGACAGCAGUGCGGUUGACUAUAAAACAAUAGAUGAUACUGAAUUAGACAAUUUGAUGGGUGAAACUCAGUUCAAGAUACAGAAGCUGGAGAAGAACGAGAAAAUAGAUUUUGAGUUGGUGCACGAGUACAAGAACAAGAAGAUUGAAUAUGAGAACAUAAAAAAUGAAUACAACAGAUUCAUGAAUACGUUUAAUGCGAUGGUUAAACGGUUCUCAGAUCUAAAAAGCGAAAGACACGAGCGGUUCAUGAACGGGUUUGCUGCUAUCAACAAGCACCUGAAAGAGAUCUACCAGACCAUAACGUUUGGUGGAAAUGCUGAGCUAGAGCUUGUAGAUUAUACGGACCCCUUCAGCGAAGGGAUCAUUCUCUCGGUCAUGCCACCAAAGAAAACGUGGAACAAGGUGUCUUCGCUAAGUGGGGGAGAAAAAACGCUGGCCAGUUUAGCUCUUGUGUUUGCGCUUCACAAAUACAGCCCGUCCCCGUUCUAUGUUAUGGAUGAAAUUGACGCGGCACUUGAUUUCAGAAAUGUAAGUUUGGUGGCAAAUUUGAUAAAAGAACAGGAGGGACAGUUUUUGGUCAUAAGCCUGCGCCAUGACAUGUUUGAGUUGGCAAAUAAAUUGGUGGGUGUUUAUAAAACCGAAGGAAAGUCGAACAUAAUAGUGCUCGAUGUCAACACCAUACAAGCGUAACGAGCCCUAUGUUAUUAGGCAGAGCAUUCUGAAUAAACGUGUG